AUGUCGACGACUCUGCAGCUAAUUAUGUUGACCCUGGUGGGCGGCCAAGCCAAUCAAGUGGCCAACUACAGUCAGGUGCUGCUGCCCAUACUCAGCCAGCUGGAGGGUCGCCUGGAGCUGCAUUUGCGAGGAGUUCAGCAUGGGGAUGACGACUUUGUGCAGUUGCUGCUGCGACGGGGGGAAUACUCUUUAAGUAUCAGUCGCUCAAUGCAGCUGGACAGCCAUGUGGCACAUCACAUUCUAAUGCUGGAGGAUGUGCUGCAAAUGCGGAAGGUUCUGCCACAUCUAAGCAACAGAGGCGGCUUCUACCUGCUGGCAAUGGAGCGAACUACACCUGAGCAGGAUCCCCAGCUGCUGCAGUUUAUGUCUGACGUUUGGCAGCAGCACAAACACAGUCAAAUCUACUAUCUACAGCUGCAGAGCGGCCGAUUGCUGCUGCACAAUCCCUUCAGCCAGCGCAUCGUGCAGGUGACUGACCCACAGGCCUAUGCGCGCAUCUAUCAGAAUCUUCAUGGCUAUCCGCUGAGCAUCUACAUCUUCGAUUCGGUUUACUCCGCUGUUAGUGGCGAUGGCGCAACCAAACGGAUACUCAGCGUCACGGGCGCCGAUGCCAAGCUGGCCAAAACGGUGGCCAAGCAGCUGAACUUUACCCCCGACUACCUCUGGCCGGAUGAUGAGUACUUUGGUGGCCGUCGUGCGGAUGGCUCUUACAGCGGUGGCGUCGGACGUGCCCAUCGCCAUGAGGUGGACAUAAUCUUUGCGGGUUUCUUCAUCAAGGAUUACCUCACCACGGACAUUCAGUUCAGCGCCGCCGUCUACAUGGAUGACUUGUGUUUGUUUGUGCAAAAGGCUCAGCGCAUUCCGCAGUCGAUUCUCCCGCUGUUUGCGGUUCACGUGGAUGUUUGGCUGUGCUUCCUGCUGGUGGGUCUCGCGGGCACCUGCUGCUGGCUCUGUUUGAGGGCAUUGAAUCGAGUCCUGCACAUCCCUCGCAUUCCCAGCAGCAAUCCCAAGGUUGAGCGUUGGUUGAGCGGCGCUCUGCGCAUCUUCAUUGACACUUGGGUGGUUUGGGUGCGCGUGAAUAUUGGCCGCUUUCCGCCCUUCCACUCGGAGCGCAUCUUUGUGGCCUCGUUGUGCCUCGUCAGCGUCAUCUUUGGCGCCCUGCUGGAGUCCAGUCUGGCCACCGUCUACAUUCGUCCGCUGUACUAUCGGGAUGUGAAUACCCUGGAGGAAUUGGAUGCCACCGGCAAGAACAUCUACAUCAAGCAUCCAGCCUUCAAGGAUGAUCUCUUCUAUGGCCACGACUCUGCGGUUUAUCGCCGGCUGGAUGCCAAGAUGCUGCUGGUGGCCGAGGGCGAGGAGCGGCUCAUCGAGAUGGUCUCGCGGCAGGGCAAAUUCGCGGGUGUCACGCGCUCCGCCAGCCUGCAGCUGAACGACAUUCGGUACGUGAUGACCAAGAAGGUGCACAAGAUACCCGAAUGCCCCAAGAGCUAUCACAUUGGCUACGUGCUGCCCCGCCCAUCGCCGUACUUGGAGCAGCUGAAUCACGUGGUGCUGCGCCUUGUGGCUGGCGGACUCAUGCAGCUGUGGACGGGCGAGACGAAGGAGCGCGCCAAGUGGAGCAUUCAGCGUUUCCCCGACUAUCUGGCACAGCUGGACGUGGGCCGCUGGAAGGUGCUGACUCUGUCCGACGUGCAGCUGGCUUUCUAUGCCCUGACCAUUGGCUGCCUCUUGGCUGCCUGCGUUUGUCUACUCGAAAUGUAUUUGGGCAAACAAUAA